CGAGCGCUCGCCUCUGCUGUCAGCCCCCCACUCGGGAAACGCCACCCCCACCGCCCCGCCGUACUUGCAAGAAAGCAGCCCCCGAGCAGAACUGCCCCCUCCAUACACCGCCAUUGUCAGUCCGGACGCCAGUGGCAUUCCCGUAAUAAACUGUCGUGUGUGCCAGUCGCUCAUCAACUUGGACGGCAAGCUUCACCAGCAUGUGGUUAAGUGCACAGUUUGCAAUGAAGCUACACCAAUCAAAAAUCCCCCAACAGGGAAGAAAUAUGUUAGAUGCCCUUGUAAUUGUCUCCUCAUUUGUAAGGACACAUCUCGGCGAAUAGGCUGUCCAAGACCCAACUGUAGACGCAUAAUUAACCUUGGCCCAGUAAUGCUUAUUUCUGAAGAGCAACCAGCUCAACCUGCGUUGCCAAUCCAGCCAGAAGGUACGAGGGUCGUGUGUGGACACUGUGGAAACACGUUCCUGUGGAUGGAACUGAGGUUCAACACUCUGGCAAAAUGCCCACACUGCAAAAAAAUUUCCUCAGUGGGUUGUGCUCUUCCACGAAGACGCUGCUGUGCAUAUAUUACCAUUGGAAUGAUGUGUAUUUUCAUUGGAGUUGGCUUAACUGUUGGCACCCAAGAUUUUGCAAGGCGAUUUCAUGCAACCUAUGUUUCAUGGGCGAUUGCUUAUCUCUUAGGCUUGAUCUGCCUUAUCCGAGCUUGUUACUGGGGAGCCAUAAGAGUGAGUUAUCCAGAACACAGUUUUGUAUAAGCUUGCUUAUGGGUAAGUGGUGCAGGUGAGAGUACCUAGCAGUUCCGGAUAAGCUGCUCUGGACAUCUUUAAAUCAUUUAUCCUAAUGUAUUCCAUCUGGUUUAUGUAUAAAGUUUCAAGGCUUUGGGAGUCUUUUAUGAACAAAUGCUCAUUGCACUACAUUAUAUGCAAAUAAUUGUUUGUUUGGCUGCUAAGUUUUCAAGCUCUGAGUAACAAAGCCAUGUCUUCAUGUUCUUUUAUGUCUUUUAAACAUAUUUUUGGAUUUGUCACCAAGCAUUAGAUCUAACAUCACCUUUCAUUUUUAAAUCAGGUAUUCCAUUACUUGCUGAUCUGUGAGUAUUCCCAGGAAGUGUUUAUAAAUGUUUCUACAAUAGCUUUGCAUUUAUACUUACAUUUUAAUUAAACUAUCAAAAUUGCCUGCUUUAAAACUAAGCAAUGUGCAUUUUGCGUGAACUGCUUACUGUAACUUUAGCCUAAGAUCAUAGUGACCUUAUUCAGGAAAAGAAUUUGAGCGUACCUUCAAAGACUUGACAUUCCUGUCAGAUAAAAACCAUUUCUAGAUACUGUAUGCUUGUUUUUUGUUGUUUGUAGAAAGAUACACUAUUUUGGUAGUGAUUUAAAAUACAAUAAUUAAAAUACUUAUUUGUCCACAGUUAAAGAUGACAUUGGAUAAAUGUUUUUUCCUCAAAGAUCACAGGACUUUUGUCUUUUAUUUUUGUCUGUUGUUUUAUUUACUAGUUAUAAAAGUUCUGGUUUAGAUUUAUGACUUUAAUGUUUAUCAGCUGUAUGUACUUCUUUAUAAUGCCUGGAGGAAGUAUUUUACAUAACUUUUAUAAUACUUAAUCAUUUAAACAAAGAUUUAUUUACAUUGGGCUGCCCUCCUCUUCAUUAAAUCAUGGUAAAUUUUUCCUAUUGGGAUAAUUAUGGGCUACUUAUCUAUGAAGGGAGCCUGUGACAUUUUACACUAGCCAAAAUGUUGAGAUUAGAGGCAGUCACUCUUACCAUUCUUCUCAAAUGUAGCUGGUCAGAUAAUUACAAAUUUAUUCAUAAAAAUAGAUUACAAACAAAAAACAACAAAAUAGUUUUCAAAGAAUUCACUAGGAUGUAAGGAAUCAUGUCUGACACUGCCCAUCUUUGCAAUUUUGAAAAACAAAUUGCUUAGUUGAAAAACAAUGUUCUAAAGCCCUUCAUGUAGAAUUAGAAAAUGGGAUGAUCUGAGUAAAUUAACUGGGUAUUUAGGGGAUAAGAGCAAUAUUUUAAUUUAUUUAUGUUCCCAAUUAGUACAAAAAUGUACUCAUUCCCAAAUGUAGUUGGGAAGAAAAUACAUGUAAACUUCAAAGAGUAAGUGAGAACUAUAUAUAUAUGCAGUAGCCCAGGAUUAUAUGUACCUUUGAAAAUACACUAAUAAAGAUUAUCAUUCAAAGA